AUGUUUCCCGACAAUGUGACAUUGGAUGAUUACAAGUUAACCGCUUUCCCGCUCACCUUGGAAGACAAAGCUAGAGAGUGGUUAUUGAACUUACCACCGGGAUCAAUUCACACAUGGGAAGAGUUACUCAAGGCCUUCAAUAGAAAAUUCUAUCCCACCUCCCGCAUUUCAAGUCAAAGAAGUGAUAUUUUGGGGAUUCGUCAAGGGGAAAAUGAAACAUUUCAUGAUUUUUGGGAGCGCUUCAACAAUUUGUGUACAAGUUGUCCUCAACACAAUAUACCCGAACAACUACUUCUUCAAAAAUUUUAUGAGGGUAUGAAUGAAAAAGAUCGGAGGAUGAUUGAUACUUCAAGUAGUGGUGACAUCUUCAACAAAACCCCUCACGAGAUCCGAUUACUUUUUGGUACCAUUUCUCAAAAUCAAAGGAAUUUUGGGACUCGAAAUGACAUGAAGAGAAAUUCUACACAAGUGGUUGGUGAAUUUAACAACACUCAACAUUUGGAAUCAAAGCUCUUGGACUUGACUAAUGUGUUAAGUCAAAUGGUGGUGGGAACUGGUCAACAAUUGACGCAAAAUCCACCAAAUCUUUUGAUGAGACCCCAACAUCCACAAUACCAAUCCCAAAAACCUCCAUAUCCACAAAAUUCUUAUAACCCUCCAAAUUACCAAAAACCUCCACAACAAGGCCAAUUAAGUGGUACCCAUCAAAUGAGCCUUCAAGAACUUGUCACUUCUCUUGCUCAAAGCCAAACCCAAUUUCAACAAGAAACCAAGAAUACUUUCUCCAACAUUCAAGCACAAGUUGGAGACUUGGCAACCGCCCUCAACAAGAUAGAACAAAGGGGUAAACUUCCAUCACAAACCGAGAAGAACCCCAAUGUGAGUGCCAUCAACUUGCGAAGUGGGAAAACACUUGGAGAAAGUCAACCUAAAAGAGUUUCAAGAGAAGACGAAGAUGAAGUGAUCAUUGUGGAAUCUCCAAAAGUUGUAGUUCCUCCAAAGGAACCGGUUGUGCCAAACGUUGAUCAACCCGACUCUUCCAACAAACCCAUCAAACCAUUGGUCAUACCACCUCCCUUCCCUUCCCGGUUAGCCUUUUCCAAGAAGAUAGAGGAAGAAAAUGAAUUAUUUGAAACUUUUCGCAAGGUCCAAAUCAACAUUCCACUAUUGAAUGCUUUUAAGCAAAUUCCAAGUUAUGCAAAAUUCCUCAAGGAUUUAUGCACCAAAAAGAGAAAACUCAAGGCAAAUGAAAAGAUUCAAGUCAAUGCAAAUGUGUCUGCAGUUAUCCAAAAGAAGUUACCUCCCAAAUGCAAGGAUCCGGGAAUUUUUUCUAUCCCUUGUACCAUUGGUGAUUUGCAUGUCGAAAGUGCUAUGUUAGAUCUUGGAGCCUCGAUCAAUGUGAUGCCAUAUUCGGUUUUUCAAUCUCUCAAUGUUGGACCUUUGAAAGAAACGGGAGUCAUCAUUCAAUUAGCAGACAAGUCAAAGAAGACUCCUUCCAAAUCAUCUAUGAUCCUCCUUGGAAGACCUUUCAUGCAUACCGCUCACACAAUCAUUGAUGUCCAUAAAGGAAAGAUAACUAUGGAGUUUGAUGGAGAAACCAUUCACUUCAACGUCUUUGAAGGAAUGAGGUACCCUAGUAACAUUUCUCCAUUGUAUCGGGUUGAUGCGAUUGAGCCAAUAAACAGGAUAAGCCCUAAUGUAUGCACAGACAAGAUAAUCAUGGAAGAUGAUUAUAAUCCUAAGAGGGAACCUCAAAGAAGAUUGGAUCCUCCAAUGAUGGAAAUGGUCAAGAAGAAGAUAAUUACAAGGUUCAAAAGGUGCAAAGAGAAGAAAAAGGCAUUUCAUGACAAGUACAUAACCCAAAAACACUUUAUUACGGGUCAAAAGGUUCUUCUUUAUCAUUCACGCUUAGAGCUAUUCCCGGGAAAAUUGCGAUCUCGAUGGCAUGGACCUCUUAUUGUUAUAAAAGUGUUUGAUCCUAGUGUGGUUGAAAUUAAGAGUUUGGAAACUAACCAAAUCUUCAAAGUGAAUGGGCACCAUUUGAAACUAUUUUAUGAAGGCUUUGACAUGGGAGAAUUCGACAACGUAACAAUGGAAACACAGAUUUACGAAGGUUGA